AUACGGGAAGUCGAAGUGGAGGUGUUUUGAAGAGCGCGUCCGAAUAGAAAAAUCGAAGGAAAUUACAAAUUUCCAUCGGGGAAAGUGAUGAUUUAUGCAGGAAACUCCAAUACCGAGGAUUCCUGCAGCGGUCUGAUGCAGAAAAAUCAAUACUUCUAAUUUUUCUUUGUUUAAUUUUGAAUGGAGUGCAUUUUACCUCUCUAGUUGGAAGUUUUUUUUGAGGAUUGUGGAUGGCUACCUCCCUCCAGUUUUUGGCGUUUAUCUUCCCCUGACUCUAACACACCCAACUAUCGUUCCCGUGUAGAUGUUACCUCUUGCAUUGCGAAUCCCCUUGUGAUCCAGGAACAGGAACCUUGGAGACGUAGACGUAGGCACAAUCAACAAGUAGAGUGCCAGUACACAGCGGCAGAAAGGCAUUACGCUAGUCGUUAUUUUGUCGGCAUGGCUUUAGAUGUCCCGAAAUUUCACAUAAAUCAUCGUGAUGAUGAGGCCCCCAUCAACCGAAAACUGCCCAAAGAACUUCUCUUGAGAAUAUUCUCUUUCCUGGAUGUAGUUUCCUUAUGUAGAUGCGCUCAAGUAUCCAAAGCGUGGAACGUUUUGGCAUUGGACGGCUCGAACUGGCAAAAAAUUGAUCUCUUUGAUUUUCAAAAGGAUGUUGAGGGACCUAUCAUAGAAAAUAUAUCCAGAAGAUGUGGGGGAUUUUUACGAAAUUUAUCUUUGAGAGGUUGCCAGUCUAUAGGUGAUGGCUCAAUGAAAACUUUAGCUCAAUUAUGCCAAAACGUAGAGGAUCUCAAUCUAAAUGGAUGUAAAAAGAUUUCGGAUACAACAUGCAGCGCCCUCUCAAGACACUGUUCUAAACUACAAAAACUCGUCUUGGAUAGUUGUUCAAUGGUUACGGAUCAUUCACUAAAAGCUCUGAGCGAUGGAUGUCCUAAUUUAACUCACGUUAACGUCAGCUGGUGUAGCAACAUUACGGACAAUGGAGUUGAGGCCUUAGCCAGAGGCUGUCCAAAAUUGAAAUGUUUCAUCAGCAAAGGCUGCAAACAAAUCACUUCCAGGGCUGUUAUAUGUUUAGCGAGAUUUUGCAAUCAAUUAGAAGUAAUUAAUUUGUUGGGAUGUAGCAAUAUCCGAGACGAAGCAGUACAAUCUCUAGCAGAUAAAUGUCAAAAGUUGCAUUAUCUGUGCCUAUCUUGCUGCUCAGCUUUAACUGACGCAUCACUUAUUGCGCUGGCGCAACAGUGUACUAAUUUGUCAACGCUAGAGGUCGCCAGUUGUUCUCAGUUUACUGAUGCUGGUUUCCAGGCGCUGGCAAGAAGCUGCCAUUAUUUAGAGAAAAUGGACUUGGACGAAUGUGUCUUAAUCACUGAUGCCACUUUAAUACAUUUGGCCAUGGGUUGUCCUCGGAUAGAGUAUUUGACUUUAUCGCACUGCGAGCUGAUAACAGACGAAGGAAUCCGUCACUUGUCGAUGUCCCCGUGCGCCGCAGAAAAUUUAACAGUUCUCGAACUAGACAAUUGUCCUCUAAUCACUGACGCUUCUUUGGAGCACCUCACUUCCUGUCACAAUUUACAAAGAGUCGAACUGUAUGACUGUCAGCUAAUCACAAGAGUAGGAAUAAAAAGACUUAGGAAUCACUUGCCGAACAUCAAAGUUCACGCCUAUUUUGCACCAGUGACGCCUCCACCUACUGCCGGUGCUUCGCGACAGCGCUACUGUCGCUGCUGCGUGAUACUCUGAGGGCGUCGCCCCUCAGUCUCCCCACCGCCUCCGUCCUAGUCAGGAUUUUGGGGGUCGCAUAAGCUACACUGGCAGCAGUCACACACACGUGUUCAUUUUAGCCGACUUAGUAGUGUAGAGAUGUUUUUAACUACAUAUUGAUAAUAAUAUUAUGCCAUGCAACUGUGAAAAUUUGUCACCAUGGAUUUUUUUUCUAAAAAUGAUGAUUCAAAUUGUCCACGAGUGUUUCCUACUUACAAAAAUGUAAAUAAGACAAAGACUGCCGUCGAGUGUUUAGGCUAUACAAUUUUUUUUUUUUUAACACAGAAUUGACAGUUGUGUGGCAUUUUCUUUCACUACUUUUAUCGCUGUAGUAGCUAUGAACAACUUUUCGGGGCCAGACAGGGGCAAUUCUAAAUUAAAUGCAGAUAGUUUUAAGUUUUAAAAUUAUUUUAUUUUGUGAUUUUUGAAAUUGAAACUUGAAAAAUUCUUAGAAAAUUUGAAUGUGAUCCAUCUUUGAAGCAAAAAGAGGUGCGGAUUGGUCCCAAUUUGACAGAUCACAGCUUACAUAAAUUAAAAGUUUUUUAUUGUCAAAUUGUGACCAAUCAAAUACCAUAAGAUGUGAUUUAACGUUUAUAAAAAAAAUUGGCUUGAACCAUCCUAGAAGCACGAAUAAAUUAGUUUCUAUAUUUUCAACAUUUCGGGUUUGCAAUUUUAAUAAAAAUUCAACCUUUUUGAAUUAUAAUUUGGUAAAAAUAUUAUGCAUUUUCUAAGCACAAAGCCCCAUUUUCUCGAUGUUAGUACUCUCAUGAAACAGUGCUAUCUACUUCUACUUGGUAAAGAUUGCUGUUUCCUUGAAAAUCCCAUUUUUUUAAAAAUAUAAAUGCAAUGGUCCCUUUUUAUUCUAAUCUAAACUCCUUAGGGCCAGUUUCACAAACAGUGGUAGCCUACAAUAUAUCUGUUUCAUAAUGUGUGGUUUAGCCAAAACCAUUGGUCAAGCUUCAGAAUAUUCAAUGUAGUCAACCCGCAACUAUGAGUUUGAUAACCAGUGCAAGUUACUUACCACCAAUUAUGAAACUGAGCCUUGGAGUUUUUGUCUACAUUUUGAAAACUUGGUUACUCAAGCCGAUUAUAUUAGACAAAAAAAACAAGAACUCAAUACUAGUCUAUUACUAAAUUGAAAGAGCCCCUAAAUAAUUGAGAGUAAUCUUGCGUAAGUUGAUAAACAAACCAUUGCAAAAUAGACAACAGCAAUGUUGUCAUAUAUAUCAAUUUAUCUAUGAAUCAUACUUUAACUAUCUUUGUGAAAAUGAGGCUUUUUGUAACAAUAAAGCAAAAGUGCACUCAUUACAAAUUGUAUCAAACUUUGAUAUCCUUACUUAUAAUUGAUAAUAAUUAAGGCUAUUUACAUUUAUAUUUACUCUAGUUGUGAUAUACUUAGGAUGUUCUAAAUGUUAUACACACCCAAUCUAAUGUUAAAAUGAUAAUUUAAUUAAGUGUAAUGGAGAGUCUACAUUGAAGACUUUGUUUAAAGGAUGUUGAAAUUGGUGUUUCGACUUAUGUAUUGGGUACUGACGUUUGAAAAUGGAUUAGUUCUGUUUUCAUUUACAUUCAAUUUCUUCAGAUAAGAAAUUGCCUUAACAUCAGAUACACCAUUUGCCAGAUGAUAAGCUCUAUUAUAAAAAUGUAUUGUUUUUUUAAAAUAUUGACCAAAAAUAUUAUUUUAUUCUUGAAAAUCUAUUUCAUAUUUUAUUAUCAUCACAGGGUGUAUUGUUUGUUAUUGAAGUGUCUAAGGUUCUGCAAGUUGCUCAUUUUACAUUAUGAUAUGGAGUGUUUUUUGUUUGAUAGUCUUCGAUCAUCACUAGAGAUAAUGUCAAUCAACAUACAAUGAUCUUCAUUACCAUAUUUCCAAUCCUUUAAGCCCUUAUAUUCUAUAAUAUUGUCAAAGUGGCAGCUAUAAAAUGAACACAGGAACCAUAAAAAAAAAAAAGUAGAAGUCCGCAACUUCAAGAACUGUAGACAUUUGGUAGAACACCCUGCAUUAUAAUGUAUAUACUUAUUUACAAUAUGGUCCUGAAUGAGUUGCAAUAUCACUCCUCUAUUGUGUUAUAUUGGUAGGUCUCAAAUUGCCUGUGAUAAAAGAAAAAAGUCAAAGAAUAAUCGGAAUAGUUUUUUAGUUAUGCGAGUUUUUGGGGUUAAAUUUGACGAACCCCAUAAAAUGCGAUUUUUGACGGCGCAAGACGAUCUAGAGUCAAAAUUUUUAUUUGUUUUAUUUGAAAGUUACUAUAAGUGAAUCAAAAAAAGGAUGUUUUGUUUAUUUGUAAUAAAACAUGGUGAGCUUGUUUUAUAUGAUUUUCCUGCUUGAAAAGCAAACUUGUAACCAUUUAAUGUAGUCUAAUAAUAUUGUGUAUUUUUACAUUUUAAGCCAUGUAACACCCUAUGCGUGUAUAAAUAUUUUUGUAGUCACUUUUUUAGGUUAUUUUAUAUUUUCAUAAUAAAUUAAGUUUCUUUUUAUAUUAUAAUUGUUUUUAUUCCCUACAACUUAAAACUAAACAGCAUUUUUUUGGGUAAGUGUGUUGUCUUCGUAAGUUUCCAAUACAUCAGCCAAAUGUUCGUUGUCUCUGGGUUUCUUGAAAGUCUUCUUUCUUUGGCCUGCUUUUUUCCUUUUGAUGGCCACUGGCUUUUUGGGACCAUGAUCUUGCAUGGAUCUAAUUCCUGAAAAAUAUUGGGAUAA